UAUAUUUAUUUUUUAAAUUUUCUAAAGAUGAAGCAUAAUUAACAACUCCCAAAUGCCCAUUUAAGAAAGCACUGGACACGAUUUGUCAAGACCUUCUAUAAUCAACCAGCCGCAAAGAGAAGAAGACAAUAAAGAAGAUAAGCCAAUGCAUUAAGGGCAUCUCCAAGACCAGUGGAGUUACUUAGACCAGUCGUAAGAGGCCAAACUAUUAAAUACAAUGGAGUUUAGAAAUUGGGAAGAGGAUUCUCACUUAUUGAAUUGAAAGAAGCAGGACUUAAUGCAUAAUUCGCCAGAACAGUUGGUAUUGCCGUCGAUCACAGAAGAAGAAACAACAGUUAAGAAGAAUUGGCAGCUAAUGUUAAAAGAAUUAAGGCAUAUUUGUCAAAAUUAGUCUUAUUCCCCAGAGUUGCUGGUAAACCAAAGAAUGGAGUUGUCAAAGACUCAGCUAAUGAGGUUGUAGCUCAACCAGUCACAUAGAAUACUAAUCCAGAAGUCAUCACUUUCUAAAGAACACCAAAGAGAGAAAAGGCUACUGUUAUUUCAAAGGAAUUAAGAGCUAAAAACGUUUACAGAAGAUUAAGACAAGAAUGGUACAAUGCUAAAUUUGUGGGAGUUAAAGAGAAAAGAAAGUAAGCCAAAGAAACCAAGAAAUGAGUCAAUAUAAUAUAGUGUACAUUUACAAUAAAAAUAUUUAAUAUAAUUAAUGCAUA